GUUAAUGUUGGAUUUGAAUUCGUGAAAAAUUAUGCAGAAAACUGAACGAACUUGUAUUUUCGCAAUCUGGGUAUGGGAGAAAUGAGUUUUAUGCAUGAGGAAGAUACUCGGUUGGAGACUACCCGAGGAAGAUUUGAAAAUGUUCUCAAGAGGCAUGCUGAAUUGGCAGAGCGUUUAUCAAGAGAUUCGGAUAAGAUGAUAUUUGAGCGUCUACAAAAGGAAUUUGAAGCUGCACGUGCUUCUCAAACUCAAGAGGUUACUUUAGAUGGUGAACAGUGGAAUGAUGGACUAUUAGCUACGAUAAGAGAGCGGGUUCACAUUGAGGCUGAUAGAAAGGCAAUGUCUGGGAACAUAAACAACUUUCCAGAAUCUCAUGUUGAAGAAAGGAUCACUUAUAGAGUUGGAAAUAAGGUGAUUUGUUGUCUGGAAGGGCCGAGAAUUGGCAUACAAUAUGAGACAUCUUUUGCAGGGGAACCUUGUGAGCUGUACCAUUGUGUACUUGAAAGCAAGUCAUUUCUUGAAAAGAUGACUGUCCUUGAACAUACAAUUCCUUUCUUUCUUCCAAUACGAGCAGCAGAAAAUGAUCUUCUUUCUUCCAAUGCUAUGAGAUUUAUAGAUUAUGUUGGAGAACUGUUGCAGGCUUAUGUGGACCGAAGGGAACAGGUUCGACUUAUUAAGGAGCUUUAUGGAAACCAAAUUGGAGAGCUCUAUCAUAGUCUUCCCUACCACAUGGUUGAGUUUGUAGUGGAUGAUUCUGAUUGCAAGUUAAUUGUCACUCUUAGAUAUGGAGAUCUUGUUUCUGUACUCCCUACUCGAGUAAGAGUCCUAGUGUGGUCUAUGCAUCAAUCUAAGAAGAAUAUGAGCCCAACAAUUUUGAGCAGGAAAGAAAAUGGAUCAAGAGGUUCUCAGCCAAAUCCAACUCGUCUAUCUUAUGCGGAAAAUGCCUUAAAAACUUUGAGCUUACCAGAAGCAUAUGCGGAGAUUGUGUUGAAUCUGCCACAAACCCUGCAGCAAAUGUAUCAGCUUAGGGGAAACAGUUAAUGCUUUCUUCAAUGGAAACUCAGUCUGUAGAAAGCUAUGUAUGAUAAAUUGUUACAGGGAAGCUAACUCCUCAUCUACAGCAUUAUUCACUUUCCAUUAAAUAUGAUUCAUUGUAAGAACUUUUCCUAUAGGAUUCCGAAUACCUCAUUACUCAUAGUUGUUAAAAUUUGUAUGUAGCAGUUUGCAUAUUAUUCUUUUUUACAAAGAAUUUCUUUUGUUGUCAUAAAAGUACCAUCUUUCCACAAGGGUCACAUUGUUCUCCGGAUUAAGAUAGAAGUGUUUGUGGGAUUUAAAAAUAUUUUUUAUCCUGAGAGGUCUACUUUUGACAGGAAGCCAGAACCAGUGUUAUAAAAAUAUAAAUGGACU